UGCUUGAAAACAUUGCUUGACGUACCCUCAAGACAUUCUCUGUAGUGAACGAGUGACGCUUUGAUAGCAGUAUAGUAUUUGUCUUGGAUCAUUUGUUUAAACCCAAUCUCAGUAUGCUGCUGGUAUGUAAGAUGGAUCUGCUGUCUUCAGGACUGGCGUUUUAUUUAUAGAAACAGAGUUGACUACAGUGUGGGGCGAUUAAGGAUAAACUUCCAGCCUUUUUUAAAGGUUUGACAUGAUUUAAUGACACGAUGACCCGCUUUCUAGCCUGCAUGUUUGCUUUGCUUCAAAUAUGUCUAACGCCAUCUAAAGCAAUUCUUUCUCCUCCAAAGAAUCUGACUGUGGAAUUAAUGGAUUUUAAGGCUACAGCUGAAUGGCUUCCUGGACAAGGAAAUCCUCCUGACACCAGAUACACCUUGGAGUUUAUAAAUGCACAAAAAAUGGCUGGAGGAAAGUGGAAUCACACUCCACACUGCACUAACACAGCCAUACGGAAAUGCGAACUGACUUUUGAUGGGCAACCUAAUGAGCUUCACUGGAAUUAUUUUGUGAGGGUCAAGACAACAUUUAAAGGAACGAGCUCCAACUGGACAACUACAUCAAAGUCUUUCCAGCCAUAUGGAGACACACUCCUGAGUCCCCCAAAUGUAAAAAUCUCAACUGAACAAAAGUCCAUUAAAAUUAAUUUUAGUCAUUGGCUGGAAUUAAAACCAGACAUCAAACCACUGGAAUACCUGCUGUAUCUUUUUGAGAGCAGUCCUGCAGGGGAAUCAAAGUUUGUAGCACUGAUAUCAGCCUCUGAAUCUCCCCACAUUUUCCAUGAUGUGCCACCUGGCAAGAACUAUUGUGUUAGUGUUUCUGCCAGUCAUCAACAAGCCUCGAAGAACAAUAACUUCAACACCACCAAAUGCGCAUUUCUAUUAGAUUCUACUAGAAGCUUUGUGCUAGUGGUGUGCAUUGUGGCCAUGCUGCUGAUUAUUUUUUCAACUGGGAUUUUUUUGCCUUUUGGUUGUUUUUACCACAUGAGGCUUCAAAUCAAGAAUCUCCGCAUUCCAAAACCUUUGAUUGUUAUUCCAGGAUAUAAAAGGGUCCUAAAACCAACCCCUGAGGAAUCCCAGCCAAUUACAGUGACCCCGCCAAAAAAAGAAAUGAACGCAGAGAGACGUUUUUCUUCAUCGGAAGAAGACUCCAAGGAUGGCUCUAUGUUCUAUCAACCGAGAGAAAACCUUACGUCAUCCAUCGCCAGUGUCAACCCACCAGAACAAGAUGAGGAGGCUGAGGCAUCAAAUCAGUGUGAUGAGUACACACUAGCUAAUGAUAUAGAAGAUAGUGAAGAAAAUGAAAUAUCUGAAAUGGAUGAUGACAGUAUGCAUCCAGGUAGUGAAUCUGAAUCGGGAUCUUUCUGUGCUAAUACUUUAAACAAUUCAACAUCAUCCAAAAUACUACAAACGGUUACUGUGAAUGCGUUUGUAAACUCAGAGAUGGAUAGCAAUUAUGCAGAAGAAACUCUUUCCUGUUCUUCUGGCAGUGGCUGUGAAAGAGAAGUGCCUGCUGAAGAGGAGGAGGAUAGCUUAUUCUUGCCUGAUUCUAACUCAGAGAGUGGCUAUGAACCAAGACAUGACAAAGUAUUAUGAACUUCCAAAUCUCUACUAUCUAAACUAUGAGGGCCCUUAAAGAGGAUAUACAUAUCCUGAACCUACUUCCAAAGGUGGAGUCUGCAACCAAAUUCAAGUAAAAAAGUAUCCACCUUUCACCUGAGCCAUGCAAGUAGACAUGUAAAACUGAAAAUUUAGUGAUGCAGAAGAUCAGAAUAUCCAUGAGGGAAUAACACUUGGUAUAGAAGCAAAAUCUGGGGGUUGUUAUACCUGGAGAGAACUAUCCG